UCGGAAAUGCACAGAAGCAAAUGUUUAUGCACGAGAUUGAACGAUUUAUUGUUGGCAGAUUGGCCAUCAUUUCCAUCAAGCAUUAUUGCAGUUUACUUUGGUAACGCUUGCAAGUUACACGAACGAAUGGGGCUGAUACGUUGUACUCAAAUUCUGAUGUUUCAUCUAGCAGUCAGACGAGCAAGUUGUCAUGUUUUAUUUAACGAAGUGGCCCAGCUCCGUCUACGACAAACUCCACUGAAAGACUUGAACUUGGUUCAAAACAGUAUUCCCUAUGAAAAUCAUUUAACGAAAAAUCCACUACGAAAACUACCUGACACAAUAACGACACCAAGAAUCCUUCAACCAAGGGAAGGCUAUUUGCCAACACAAAGCGUGACGACGAUAGAAGCUAAGUUUAACGCUAAGGACCGCGUCUAUGGGCCACUACCCUGUGCGCAAUUCAAUGGCGCUGUGUAG